CACCAGCAGCGGAGCACCUCAGCCACGGGGGACUGGCCGCCGCGCCGUGCUGCGCCUCGCCGCACAGGUGGGCAACAUCAAGGCGAGCCUCGCGGCUCUGUCUUCGCUGGGCGUGUGCUUGGACGGGGUGUCGGCGCGCGAUGUGCGGGACGGCUCCCUGAGGGCCGUGCUGGCUCUCCUGUUCGCGCUCUCGCGCUACAAGCAGCAGCAGAAGCAGCAGAGGCACGUGCAGCACCAGCACGCCGCACACGACGACAUGCCCAGCAGGCUGCCGGCCCCAUUCAGCAAGCAGCAGCAGCAGCAGCAGCAGCAGGCCCACGCGCAUGCGCAAGCCCAAGCGCAGGGUGCGCAGGCGCAUGCGGGGCCAGGCCACAGCAGCAUCCCCACACCAGGCCGCCGAGCUGCUGCCUCACCGGCCACCGUGCACAACGCCGGUGCGACUAAGCCCGUGUCCAGCAGCAGUUCCCGGUCUACCAGCCCAUCGGCUGCUGUGCAGUCCUUCAUCCCCACACCCAAGUCCACGCCCCGAGCUUCUAUACCGGAUAAGCAUCUACCGCCCAACAGUACAAGGAGUAACACCCCACCAAAUAGUAACCGAUCGUCCGUAAGACAGCCUGCUGGAGGUUUGAGUAGCCCGUACAGUUUACCGACCAACAAUCAGAUACCAGCGGGUAAAAACGCUAUGCUUGAUAAGCUGAAGAUUUUUAACUCAAAGGAAAAAAUUGAAAGGGUAAAAGGAGGUAAUGCCGUCGUUUCGAAGAGAACAUCGAGUUCAAGUGGCUUCAGUUCUGCGAGAUCAGAAAAGAGCGAUUCUUCAACCAGCCUGUGUAGUGAUGUCAAAACAGCAACAAGUGCUCCAUUACCUUGCAACGAUGGACCCAGCCCAAAAUCUGUUGUGCGUGGGCUCAGGAAUAAACUUGUGAAAAGCAGUUCACCAAAAACUGCUCGUAAAAAUGAUUCACCAAAACAAACACAUCGCAAUGUUCCAAAAGUUAACAAUGAGACUGAAGUGAGAGGAAGCAGAUCUGAUAUUGGAAGUAAAAUGCCAGACUUCCACUAUGCAGAAAUUGAUAAUCCUAUUAAACAAUCAAAAAUUUCUAAUUUAAUUCAGCCAAAGACAUCCAAAUUGAAUACUACUUCUGGUGGUAGCAGUAUCCCUAAACCCAUGGCUGCUAUUAAAGGAACAAGUAAAACAAAUAAAGAUGAAACUCCUACAAUUCCAACUAAACCAGCACUGCCACCUCGGCAGAAACAGUUUGGUUGGGAUGACAACUCAAGUGGUGCUGUCAGUGUAGCAAUGGUCUCGCCAAUGCCAAAUAUUGCAUCAGCUGAAUCUGGCACCAAAAUGAGUGAAUCUAGUAAUUCAACUUCAAAUUCAACUGGUCGAUCAAUCUCAUCUGAUAGCAGUGUAAUUUUCCAGCCAAGUUCAGAGAGUGGCAGUGAUGGAGGAAAGGGGCCUGAAAUAGCAAAGCCACUGUCAAAAAUGAUAGAGACCACUUUUGACAACUCCAAUAAGAUAAUAACGCAGGAAACCAGGACAGCACAAUCGAGGGAAACAACCUUUGGUGAAGAAGAAGAAAGUAUGAUGAAUGUGAAGCCUAUGCAGCCAUUAUUGAGAGGCUAUACAGGUGGUCUUAUAGUUCCAGGCCACACCAUUUCUCCCAGUCUUCAUAUUUCCCACUUAGGUUUCCAAAAUGAAGUUAAAUGCCUAAACUACCCUUCAGAAAUGAAUAUAUCCACUGAUUUAAAAAGAGGAGUUGGUGAUGGAGGCUACUGUGAUACAGAUUUAAGAAAUUCUUCAGGUUACAUGUCAGAUGGGGAAAUGAUGAGGUCAGGAGCAGUGUCAUGCCACAUCCCUGAUGUUUGUGAUGGUUAUAUGUCAGAAGGUGGUGCAUCCUUAUACAUCCGCAGACAACAAAUUUAUCAGCAGAGCAAAUUCGAAGCACCAAACACGAACUCACGAAAUUGUAAUACUGAGGCAGCCUCUAACAGGGGCAAGCCUAAGAGAUCUGAUGACUCAAGCACGUCUGGCUCUGUAGCAGACCUGUGUGGAGCUGACCAUCGUCCUGGCCAUACGCAAAGCAAGCAGCAGCAUCAGAAGACUGCGCAGAGUAGUAAGCUUGUUGUCUCCAACAACAAAAAAACAGUGUCUGCAUCAUUUAAUCCUGGUGAGGUGCCUCAAGUAGUCUACAGGGUCGUCGGUACUCAUUCUAAUGCAAAAAAGUCUGACAGCAGUCAGCAAACUGAUUAUAGUGCCUUCAGACAAGUUUCCAACAACCAGUGGAAAAAGUAUGUCGAGGGAGGAUUACAGAGAGGAAAAUCAGACUUGGAAGUGGUGAGGCCACGUUCAUCUCCCAACAAUGGGCAGACAGCACGUAGGCCAGAGAAGAAUGAAAAAUUGCGAAGGAUGGGUGUGAAGGAUGAAGUACCACCUAAAGAGCGGGAGUAUGGCAGUGGAGAGAAAAUGGCAAGACCAGCAACAUCCCUACGUUCGAAUGGGGAGGGUAAGAGUAGUGGUGGCAGUGGGGGUAAAGUAAGAGGAGUACCUCAAAGUUUUGGUUAUGUGAAGAGACCAUCAAGUGGUGGGGGAAAGGGUGGAGGUGAAACUCGUACAGCACAAGUAGCUGCAGUGCCACGAACAAAGCUGAAAGUGUCUGGUGGGACACAGACAUGUAGUGCAGACCUACAACAGCAACAUCACCAUCAUCAACAACAACACCAACAGCAGCAGCCACAGCAACAACAUCACCACCACCACCAUCACCAGCAGCAGCAGCAGCAGCAACAGCAGCAGCAGCAGCAGCAACAACAACAACAACAACAACAACAACAGCAACAACAACAAUAUAAGCUGUCACAAAGUGUCCGUGAGCGACUUCUGUUGGGAUCACAAAGUCUCCCUCCACGUUCAUCUCCUCUCCGUUCAACUGAUGGCUCUCUUUCAGACACAACUGCAACUCAUUAUGCCGAAUUGCAGUCAUAUAGUCCAUACAGUGCCUGGUUGCGACACAGCUCCACAUACACAGCCUCACUGCCCGCUCGGACAACUGCAGUUGGGCUUGUGGAGGCCGACAGUGUUGAAUCUCUGUGUUCACUGCCUGCACAGCUGCAACACCGAGCCAGCCUCACACACACACGUUUAUUAAUGCACCAGCGUGAUGCUACAGCAUCACCUGUGCCUCGCCUUAACCGCAGUAAUAGUAUUAGGUCAACUAAAUCAGAGAAGCUUUAUCCGUCCAUGCUGCAGCGCUCUGAAGAAAUUGAACCCUACUACUGUGUUCCUCUUGGAGCCUCACAGCCAACUAGCCCCACUCCCAGCCAAGUUUCUCAAGGAACUCCUUCGAGAUUCAACUAUCCUGUGUCCCCUAUUACAUCUUCUGCAUCUAGUCAUGUUUUGAGCCGCACCAGCAUGUCGCCUUACUCUGGUUUGCUGUCCAAAACAAACUCUAAAGAUGAUGAAGUACAUGGUUCAUCAGUAAGUCUAGUAUCAACAACAUCAUCCUUGUACAGUACUGCUGAAGAGAAGCAAGCACAUGAAAUCCGAAAACUGAGGAGAGAGCUGAUGGAUGCACAAGAGAAAGUCCACACUCUUACAAGCCAGUUAUCUACCAAUGCACAUGUUGUGUCUGCAUUUGAGCAAUCCUUAUCAAAUAUGACACAGCGACUUCAGCACCUUACUUCAACAGCUGAGAGAAAGGACUCUGAGCUGCUUGAGUUACGGCAGACUAUAGAACUACUUCGGAAGCAAAGUGUAGAAGCAGGCCUAACUUCAGCUCAUAUACAGAGUAUGUCUCCAUCACUGGCUCGAAGGCACACGAUUAAUGCCACUGCUGCACUAAAUGGCAAGGGAACCAACAUGUCUCGUCAGUUGUCUGCUGACUCUGUAUCCAGUAUCAACUCUCUGUCAUCAGCCUGCAGUCUUUCAAGUUCAGCUCAUGCACAAGAUGGACAUGGGAAGAAGAAGAAAAAAGGCUGGUUGCGAAGCUCAUUCAGCAAAGCAUUCUCACGCUCAAAGAAGAACAAAAAUGGUUCUGUAUCAGAUGUUGAGGACUCUAGAGGCCUGCAUUCAGAUAUGUCUGCCCCUUCAUCUCCACUUCUUAAUGACCCCCACCAAAUGAAUGGGGGAGGUCCCACUAUAAAGGGAAGCCAGUCAUCAUCUGCGAUAUAUGGACAAGACUCUCAGGAUGGGUCUAACAGUGACGUCGUAGAAGAACUUAAGAAACAACUGCGUGAGAAAGAUCUUGUGCUGACUGACAUACGCCUUGAAGCUCUCAGCUCUGCACAUCAACUGGAAUCAUUGAAGGACACUGUUAUUAAGAUGAGGAAUGAAAUGCUAAAUCUGAAACAAGACAAUGAGAGACUCCAAAGGAUAGUAACUAGCAAGUCAUUGACGUCCUCGCAGAGCUCAUUGCCCAUAACAGAUAACAUCGAAAGAAGAUUUAGUAUGACUGAAACAACCACAAUACCAAUACCAGUUGAUGGAGAUGGGAAAAGAAUACUAGUAUCAGUUCUGCUUGGAAGCCAUGGGAACUAUCAGAAAUACAUGGAAGAGGGAAACAAUGCAUCUCAAUGUGUCAUUGCUGCAGUUUCUGUUAGUACCAAAACAAAAUGGGACAUGCUGGACUGUAUGGUUCGAAGAGUAUUCAAAGAGUAUGUUCUGCGUGUUGAUCCUGUUUCCAACUUGGGUUUAAGUGCAGAGUCAUUGUGGAGUUACCACAUUGGAGAUGUUGUACGCUAUAAAGAUAGUCCAGCUCCUGAGCUUUUGCCAUGUGGUUAUCUGGUUGGAACAAACAACAAUAUUUUACUUUGCCUAAAAGGAGCAGUGCAUUCUGGAAGUGUGGAUGCAUUAGCAUUUGAAACUCUCAUUCCAAAGUCAAUUGUACAAAGAUAUGUAUCAUUGCUGAUGGAACACCGAAGGAUAAUACUGUGUGGUCCAAGUGGCACUGGAAAAUCAUACUUGGCCAAUAAGCUUGCCGAGUUUCUUGUUUUAAAAGAAGGAAAGGAAUCUACAGCAGAAGCUAUCGCUACUUUCAAUGUUGAUCACAAAAGUAGCAAAGAACUUAGACAGUAUCUUGCAAAUGUUGCUGAGCAGUGUGAAAGUAAUGCUUCAGAUUUGCCCUCAGUUAUUAUUCUGGAUAAUCUUCACCAUGCAGCUUCCCUUGGUGAAGUCUUUAAUGGAUUUCUGAAUGCCAAAUACUCAAAGUGCCCUUAUAUUAUUGGAACAAUGAAUCAAGCCACAUGCUCCACAACAAAUUUGCAACUGCAUCACAAUUUUCGAUGGGUGUUAUGUGCAAACCACAUGGAACCUGUUAAGGGAUUCUUGGGGCGUUACUUGCGUAGACGAUUACUGGAAGUUGAAGUACAUGAAGGUGUCAGAAAUAAUGACUUGACUCGCAUCUUGGAAUGGAUUCCAAAAGUAUGGCAACAUUUAAAUAAGUUUCUUGAAACACACAGUUCAUCAGAUGUUACGAUAGGACCACGGCUCUUCCUUUCAUGCCCUAGCAAUGUAACUGGAUCUCAGGUGUGGUUCACUGAUCUUUGGAACUAUUCUGUGGUGCCAUACUUGUUAGAGGCUGUCCGCGAAGGACUACAGCUUUAUGGAAGGAGAGCUGCUUGGGAAGAUCCAGCUCACUUCAUCUGCCAGACAUAUCCCUGGACAGGAGACAUAGUCCAGGGUGGGCCUGAAGCACUGCUGAGGCUUCGCCCUGAAGAUGUUGGCUAUGAUAUCCAACAAGGCAGUGGCAUAGGAGGAAGUAGUAUUAAAUCACUAAGCUCAACACAGAGUGAUACAGAGGGUGACCCUUUAUUAAACAUGUUGAUGAGACUACAAGAAGCUGCGAACUACUCAAGUCCUCAUAGCAAUGACUCAGAUUCGGGCAGUGGCAUUUGUACAGAUGAGAAGGAAAUCCCUCAUGUUGAAUCAACACUCUAGACCUGUAAUUUGGUCUGUGUCCAAACUAGUAUUAUGUUGGCACUUUCCUCCACCCAAAUAGUGCUUCCAUUUUAAUGUUGUACAGAUGUUUUAUUAUGGACAAUAGUGCUAUGUACUCUUCUCAUGUUUAAAUAAUAUUGUGUACAGUCACUUUUCUUUUAUGUAAAAAUUUAUUUUAAGUUGAGAUACUAUAUAUAUAAAUAAAGAAUCUGUAAAUUAUUGAAGAAGGUUGAGUGAAUGACACAAAAUUUUGAGAAAACUGGCAUCCUGUUGUUUUCAACAUGGCCAUAUUGUUCACUGAAUAGUGCUUGCUCAGAAAACAAAAAUGAGACUUUAAAAAAUGCAAAAGGAGUUCAGUAGUAAACAAAGAUAUGAUUGUUAUUAUUUUAUAAUUUAAGGUUAAUAAAUUUUUAUACCUAGUUUUAUACUAAAAUGCUAAAAAUGUUUAUAAUGUAUUUGACCAGAAAUUGGUGGUAUGUUGUUCCAUUACUGAACUGGCGAUGUAGGUUUUUGUAAUGCAAACAUCCAGCCAUAGUAUUAAUGUACAGCAUUUCCAUUUAAUGAAAGAAAUCAUCACUAAAGUCACAUUUGAUGUAUAAUUUCUGCAAUCAUUUCAAUGACUGCCUUUUCAUCACUGUUUAGUUGUUAAGCUUCCAUAUAGCAAAUAGUUAUUAACACAAAAAGCUAGUCAUCUUUUGUUCCCAUUCAUCAGAUUAUUAUUGUUUUGUCAAAGGUUUCAGAUUUAAUAUUUCUUUUUCCAGUUACAGAUAUUUUUAUAAUUGCUCACUUUUAUUAAGUUAGCAAUUUUUGCUCAAAAAUGUAUGAACAAGGUGCCACAUUUUCAACGCAGUUCAAUUCUAAACCAUUGUCUGUAUUCCUACUGUUUUAAUAUUCAGUAACACGGAGUACCGU